UGACGCCCGCCGCUGCGGGCGUGCGUAUUGCCCCUCGAGGUGUGACUGCUCGCGAGGGCGUCAUUGCGCCCUCGGUGCCAAGAGCGUGCCUGGAUCACAUCGACGACGCCCGCGCGGCGCAGCGCAAGGGACUCUCGGCCUGCCGCCCAGGGGCCGACCGCGGCGCGCGCACGUCACCACUAUGCUGCGCCCGCAGCACUCUAGACCGCACCGGCUGCCGGCCCCGCUGCCGGUCAGGAGUCUUUCGAGGGCGUAGUCUCGCACGAUAAAAGUCAGGCACCCUGGUCGGGAAGCCACAAGCCCGCUGCGGGUGGAGUAUGAUCUCGGCCGGCACCUCUGCCGUGAAGCGACCGGUGGAUGGCAGCAAGGGCGGCGCACAAAAGCACAGCCUGACGACGGCGACGGCGCUCUCUGCAAGACCUCCAGCUGCCUCAAGCGCGAUGCUCGCCUUUCCUUCACGGCGCAAGCGCACAAUCCUCGCUCUGCAUGGCUUCGGCAGCCGGCCGGAAGUGUUCCAGUUCCAGCUGGCGCCGCUGCUCAAGUCCGUGCGCGAAAAGUACGAGCGGCAGGAGGGCAAGGACGGCGCUGAGCUGGAGGUCAUCUGGCUCGAGGCACCGGUGUGGCUGCCCAUCGGCAAGCCUGACGUCGUGCGCGCUUUCGGCGGACCGUAUCGCUGCUGGUGGUGGCGCGACUGGAUCUGGACAAGCCCAUCAUCAAUCGAGGCUGCCAUCGCCUACGUUGCUGAGAGAGUGGACCUCUCGACAGUCGACCACAUCUUUGGCUUCUCGCAAGGCGCAGUACUGGGCUGCUGGCUCUCGGCCAUGGCCGAGCGAGGGACGCUCGUGCCGCGCUGCCCGCCUCUCAUGAAGAGCAAAUGCUCCUGGAAGCCGGGCCAGCGCGUCGUGUCACCGGCUGGCAGCUCUGGCGAAAGCCGGCCGUUCAAGUCGAUGCUUGGUGAGCAGCACAUCGCUCGCGAGAGAGGCCCCUGCUGAUGGCCGAACAGCGAUCUGCGCGAUCCACAGCU